CUAACUAUGUGAAAACUACACCUCCCAUAUUUUCUCUCAUGAACCUAUUUUUCUCACUUGCAUUACUCAUUCAUUUCUCAACUCACUUUUAUGGCCAAUGCACCACUGAUAACCUUCAGCUUGGUGCCCAAACUACUCUAGUCAUACCCGGUUUAUACAUUAUUGGCUUUGUUGCACGAGCAUUCGUGCUCGAGACUAGCCAACCCGUGCCUAAUUUUCGGGGCGGUCUCAGCAUUGAAGCCAUUGAAGGAAAAUAUGUUUGUUCAUUAGAUAUUUUUCUUGGGGACUUUAAGGUUUGGAGUUCAUCUCAUUUGUCCCGAUUUUUUACUUCUGAGAAAUGUGUACUUGGUCUUAAUUGGGAUGGUGACUUGCUACUAACGGGCCAUGAUGAUGAGAUGGGAUGGCGAACCGCGACAUAUGGACAAGGUAUAAAGAGGUUGCAAUUAUCAAACACUGGAAAUCUUGUUCUUCUUGAUGAGUUCAACAGAAUCAAAUGGCAGAGCUUUCAUUUCCCCACAAAUGUAAUGCUUUGGGGACAAACACUAGAUGUUGGAACAAAGCUAACUUCCUUUCCUACAAAUUCAAGUUCAUUUUACUCAUUUGAAAUUCAUCUCGAAAAACUUGCACUUUACUUAAAUUCGGGCAAGUAUAAGUACUCGUAUUGGGAGUUCAAACCCAAAGAAUCGCAAAACAUCUCAUUUAUUCGUUUGGCAUCAGACGGGUUACAAUUACUUAACGAUGAUAGUCACAAGAUCGCUCAAAUCCCUUCAAAGAGACUCCAACUUUUGAGAGUUAUAGCGAUAGAUAACACAACGGGGCAACUAGGAUUUUACUACUUUGAUAGGACAACAAAAAAAUUUGAAGCCUCUUUCCAAACUCUAAGAAGUAAAUGCAAUGAACCUAAUUUUUGUAAAGUGAGUGAAAUUUGUACAUUUCAUGAAAAAUGUUCGGUUUUAGAAAUUAACAAGGGAUUUUUAGGUAACUUUUGUGGGAUAUCGUCCGGGGUUGACAUGAAAGAGAUACGGGGCAUGAUGAGCGUUUUGAGAGACGACGACAAGAAGAUCAUUAACGCGACAAAGGAGACUUGUGCGGCCUCGUGUACGGAGGAUUGUACUUGUGUUGGUGCAUUGUUCACAAAUGGGAAUAGGAAUAGGGAGUGUUAUUUGUAUGGGGAGAUUAGAGGUGUGAAGGAGGUUAAUUUUAGUGAAGAAAUAAGUUUUUUUGUUAAGGUUUUGAAGAGUGGGAAGACAGGGAAUGGAUUGAAGAAAUGGCAAUUGAUUUUAAUUGUUGUGGGUGAUGGAAUUGUUCUUUUUGUAUGUUUGGGUGGAAUUGGAUUUUAUAUGUUAUGGAGAAAGAAAAAAGAAGCAAAUAAUAACUAAGUUUUGAAGUGUGAUUUUUUUGUUGGGA